AUGUUCCGCCCCGCCGCCUCUAUUGCUGGUCUCAUCACCCCAAGCCCAUACACGCAAUUUGCGAGGGCAGCUUAUUGUCACGGCACCAAUACCUGGAGCUGCGAGGAAGCGUGUGCAGCGAACAGCGAUUUUAGGGUAUACGUGACAGGAGGUGACGACAGCGAUACACCAGACUUCUUUGUUGGUUAUUGGCCCACCGGUAAUGCUGCCAUUGUGGCUCAUGAGGGUACGGAUCCUUUACAAUUAUUAAGCCUGAACAGCGCCAUUCAGGCACACACCGGUUUUCUUGGCGCUCACUCUCGGAGUGCGGGGGUAGUACUUUCCGCUGUGCAGAAAGUCAUCAGCGAGCAUAAUGUGACCGAGGUCAUCACUGUCGGCCACUCCCUGGGGAUGCUACAUACCAUUGCUGGUUGUUGA